AUGAUGAUGGGAUCAGGCGGAUCUCUUCGGCGUAGGAUCUGGUUGUCGACGACGAACGCGAAUCCUUUCAAGGCGAAUCUCCACGUUGGUGAGGAAGGACGAGGCAAAAUGGAGAUGUCGUUGAGUCAUCGAUCUGGACUGCCGAAGCGACGAAGCGAGCAACUUGAGCGACGGGUUCCAACUGUUUCAUUAGUCGUAGCGAGGUCGGAGGAGAAGCGCGGCGUCGGAAUCCUCUGCUCGUCGCCAAAGAAGAUGUCGCUAGCGGUGCGAAUCGCGCAAUUGCCGCGAUCUUCUCCAACCCCAGUAGAGAUGAGAAGCGUCGGGUCGGACCUUCCUCCUAGCCGCCUGAUGACCUCGUCACGGGAGAGGAUAAUUUUACAAAGGGAGUAG